UACGCGGUGACGUAAGAACGUGACGCGCAGGGGUGGAGCUUGUGACUUUGCGAAAUGGAGAUAGGAGCUGCCGGUGAACACAGUCCUCUGUGUUGGAAGAAUUUGUUGCCAAAUCGAGCAGAAAUAUCGACAAACGAAACCAGCAACGUCGAUCACAGCCGACCGGGCGAGACCACAGCAGCCAACGUAUGAAAUGCAGCACUCGGUAGGAUGAUCAGUAAUCACGAAGAAGAUGAGUUUGUGGCAGUGCGGGUUCAAGAUCCCCGCAUUCAGAACGAAGGCUCCUGGAACUCCUAUGUGGAUUAUAAAAUAUUCCUGCAUACCAACAGUAAAGCCUUCACAGCCAAGACAUCCUGUGUGCGGCGGCGGUACAGUGAGUUUGUGUGGCUCAAGAAGAAGCUGCAGAAGAACGCUGGUUUGGUACCAGUUCCAGAUCUUCCAGGGAAAUCCUUCUUCUCCUUCAACAAUGAGGACUUUUUGGAGAAGAGAAGAAAGGGACUUCAGAUUUUCUUGGACAAGUCAGUUCUCCUUCUUCUAAAAUCAGUAUUUGAUCGUCUAAACAAGCAUUUUCUAAUCUCGUUUUACCUCUGUCAUUUUUUUUCUUUUUUUUUCCUCCACAGCCCGGCUCCUCAUCAACCUUGCCAACAACCUAAUGAGACCAUCAGCCCGGAGCUCGUCUCAUGUGGUGACGCUGACCCUCUAGAAGGUUUACUGGAGGUCCAUGAUCAGGACCAUAGGAAGAAAUGCUCAUUAAGGAUUUCCCAGAAGAGCAACCAUCUUGAGGCCGUUCUUGAAACGGUUCUUGAGGACAGCGGCCCGUCAGAGGCAACCUUUUAUCUGGGGGACAGUCCAGAGAGUCUUAGCUCUGCUGAGCAGAUCCAGCAGAGGUUACAGACUCCGGUGGAGGUGCACACGUUCACGGGGAUCGGCUUUGAGGACAGUGUGAUCGAUGGGAAGAUUGUUUUACCUCCAGGUGAAGAAGAAAAGGUGGAGCUGCAGGAGAGUAAUGAGGAUGCUCAUGAAGGAAAAGUCAACUGUGAGCCUGAAAAAUAUGAUGAUUCUGAGAAGAUUUUCGAUUUUAAGGAAAAUAACUGUGAUGAACACAUUUUAGGAAGUGAUGCCAGAUCUCAGGAAGCUAUGGAAAACAUCUGUACCGAGAAUCCCGUCAUCUCUGAGGUUAAUGAGGUUCAUGUUCUAGAAGUCAACGCCGAUGACCAAAAAGGCAACAAAGCAGGAGGUAACGAGGAAACACUGCUCGAAUCAGAAAUCAGUGACGAGGCCCACAUGGUGAACGGUGUAUCUGCGGUGGAACAGGAUGGUGAUGACACGCAGGAAGUGUAUUUUGCUGGCAACAAAGAUGAAAGCGACGAGGGCGACACGGUCAGCUCCUCUCUGCCAUCUUCCAACGACAGCAUCGUGAAGGUCAGUGAUGAGGAAAGCGUUUGUGAGGAGGCAGACGACUCGAUCCAGGUUGCAAACGACUUUGUGAAGACUCCUCCUGAAGACGCCACUCGCUGGUCAGAUGUGGAGGCAUCCAGCAGGAACAUCAUGGACCUGCAGGUGAACGGAUAUGCUGAUGAAAAACUGCACCUUUCUGCCCAGGAGGAUGAGGACCUGCAAUACACCCUCAGUGACCUGAGUAAAUCUGCAGACCUUAACUCUGCUGUAACUGCAGGAUAUCUGACUGAAAAUGGAGACUUUAGUAUCUUAGCAACCAGCCACGCUCGUGGAUUGGGUGACGGUAGAUGUACCGAGGAGGAAGCCACGCUCUCACCUUCAGAGGAGACUCAGGAGGUGGAGGUGCAUUAGUUAAGUCUUCCUCUAAUAUAGAUCACUGAAUCAAACGCUCUGUUCCAAACUCUGCCCAUCGUACACAGCGUCUUCAUAUCGUCAGGGUUACGAGACACACCUCACACUCUGUCAUGUAGGUAUAACACUUCCAAAACAGCAUGAAUCUAACAUUAGAAUUUCUCUGUUAUGUACCGGAUCUGAUUUCCCUCCUGACUGCUUCACUUCUCCAUUUGGCUUCAGUGAACAGAAGAAGGUGCUCGAGUUAAGUUUAGGUUCAUACUCUGAGGCCUUUCAGUAAGGAAACAGCUGGGGCUGAAUUUAGGCAAAAAUAUCCACCUAAAUUAAAGGAUAAGUUCACAUUCCUUUGUGUCUGUAUUGAAACUUAGUGAAAUUUGUGGUUCCUGUUCAUACUGACCAUCAAGAGAUGUUUUCCUGAUUUAAUUAAAGAAAAAAAACAACCAAAAAUGCUAACACAAGGUCAGGGUUUUUCUUGCAUAUGAAAAAAUUAGUGCCCACUAAAUUGAUUUUGGCUUUCUACUAAAGCAAAAUCACCAGAACUGUGACUUUUUUCUUUCUUUUUGUAAGUUAAAGCAUGUUAACAAAGAGUCUUUGCAUUGACUUUGACUCUUGAGGCCCAUUUUGAGCCUAGAAAAACCCUGGAGGGGGUUAACUUGUAAACACAACACUGCUUCCUACAGUGGACAGAGAGAGUGGAAAUUCAGCACCUAAAAGAUCAAUGUGAAAAACCUUUAUUUAAAUCUCUUUGAAAAGGGGAUCUCUAAAUUCCCAGUAAGGAGAGGAGGAAUGGUGAAAGCCACUAAAAUAAAUAAUCAGUGGACACAUUUCUUUCACGACAGACAUUGAACGAAGUGAACUUUUCUCUAAAUCUAGAGUUCCUCGUCACAUUUGGAGCCUCAAAUGAGACCUAACUGCUCUUUAAAUGUGCUUCACAUGCUGUUAA